AAAAAUCUUACGUGGCAUAGUCUGAAGAUUAAAGUUUGUAUAAGCCUUUCAACGCUCUAAUUAGUGGUCAAAGCUCAAAAGUUUAUGUAGUCGCUGUCGCACCAUAGGAGGCUGUUAAAACUUGCGUUCGAGUUACGCUGUAUUCUAACUUCCAUAUUCAUCUCUCCGCAGUCCGCACCCGCUUCGUCUCUCUUCUCUCGUUUCUCGUCUGUGACUCUGUGUUUAGCUAUUAGCAAUGGCGGAUCCCGAAUUGGAAGCCAUCAGACAACGAAGAAUGCAAGAGCUAAUGGCACAACGUGGCAUGGGAAGUCAGCAGGACCCUGAGCAGCAGAAAGCUCAAGAAGAUGCAAAAAGGGAGGCCGAUGAACAAAGGCAGAUGAUGCUUGCUCAAAUCCUGUCAGCUCAAGCACGUGAAAGACUUGCUCGCAUUGCUCUCGUUAAGCCGGAAAAGGCUAGAGGAGUAGAGGAUGUUAUAUUAAGAGCUGCUCAGAUGGGUCAAAUUACUGAAAAGGUUUCUGAGGAAAGGCUUAUAUCACUGUUGGAGCAAAUUAAUACCCAAACAACUAAACAGACCAAAGUGACUAUCCAAAGGCGCCGGAGUGUUCUUGACGAUGAUGAUUAGAUUCUUUUUACUGCUUGUGCCAAAGAAAUACAUGUCCUAGAUAUGAUUUGCUGAAUUCCAAAGUUUAUGAGCCUUGUAUUUUGUGCUGAGCCACCACAACCUGGAUUGUAUUUGAUUGCGUUAAUAACUCGUGACUUGUAACUCGUGAAUUUAGGUGUUUACCCCCUUUUUGUGAAGAGGGAUGUGCAUUUGGAACAGCCCCAAAAGGGAGAUGUGUUUUUUCAUCAUGCUAUGUGAACCAGCUAAUUGGGUUUUGGCAUUAAUGUAUACAUCUUGUGAAGCAAGGAAAUCAUGGUAUAAGAGAUUCCUAGUUCCUAUAAAAA